UGGCUCGGCCAGCGCAGGCCCCGCCCCCGUCGCAGGCCCCGCCCCGCCCCCGCCCGCGCGGCGCUCAAGGCGCUCGGGGCGCCGCGCGGAGCCGGGCGCAGCGGCGCGGAGCAGCGCGGAGCGGCGCCGGGCGCAGGGCGCAGGGGGGGGGCAGCGCGCGCGCGGAGCGGCGGCGCCGCCGCGUGGUUCCUAGCGUUGCCCUGGGAGCACAGGGCAGUCUGACAUGCCCAGCGCUGGAGCGGUGGUUGCGCUGCGGUUUGUGAGGAGCUCAGAUUUGCCCGAGUUGUGUCUAGGAUCUGCAAGAGUAACAUGCUUGGAAGCGCUUGGUAGUGUUGGUCCCCUGCACCCCGGCACAAGAGCUCCAGCUUAAUCCUUCUUGCACGCUGCUCUCAGAACAUGGGGGAAAACGAUGAUGAAAAAUACAGUCAAGCCGGCCAGAUAUUUGAGAACUUUGUACAAGCUUCAACAUGCAAAGGUACCAUUCAGGCCUUUAAUAUUCUCACUCGCCAACUUGAAUUAGACCCUUUGGACAAUAGAAACUUUUACACCAAACUGAAGUCAAGAGUGACAACGUGGAAGGCCAAAGCUUUGUGGAACAAGCUUGAUAAAAGAGCGAGUCACAAAGAGUAUAAACGUGGAAAAUCUUGUAUGAACACUAAGUGUUUAAUUAUUGGUGGUGGCCCGUGCGGUUUGCGGACUGCCAUAGAGCUUGCCCUGCUGGGAGCCAAAGUCGUGGUGGUGGAGAAGCGGGACACCUUCUCACGAAACAACGUGUUGCAUCUCUGGCCCUUUACUAUCCACGACCUCCGGGGACUGGGAGCAAAGAAGUUUUAUGGGAAAUUCUGUGCGGGAUCGAUUGAUCACAUCAGUAUUCGACAGCUUCAACUUAUCCUCUUCAAAGUUGCACUAAUGCUAGGAAUUGAAAUCCACGUGAACCUAGAAUUCGUGAAAGUCGUGGAACCUCCUGAAGAUCAAGAAAACCAAAAGAUAGGUUGGAGGGCCGAAUUUCUCCCAGUGGAUCACCCUCUGUCAGAGUUUGAAUUCGAUGUUAUUAUCGGUGCAGAUGGCCGCAGGAACACACUAGAAGGUUUUAGGAGGAAGGAGUUUCGGGGAAAGCUGGCUAUAGCUAUCACUGCCAAUUUUAUAAACAGAAAUACAACUGCAGAAGCUAAGGUAGAAGAAAUCAGUGGUGUUGCUUUUAUCUUCAAUCAGAAGUUCUUCCAGGACCUAAAAGAGGAGACGGGAAUUGACCUGGAGAAUAUUGUUUACUACAAAGAUAGCACUCAUUAUUUUGUGAUGACAGCAAAAAAGCAGAGUCUUUUGGACAAAGGAGUGAUUAUUAAUGACUGCGUUGAUACUGAGUUGCUGCUCUGUGGGGAAAACGUGAACCAGAGCAAUUUGCUGUCCUAUGCCAGAGAAGCUGCUGACUUUGCAACGAAUUACCAGCUGCCUUCCUUGGAUUUUGCAAUUAAUCACUAUGGGCAACCAGAUGUAGCAAUGUUUGAUUUUACUUCCAUGUAUGCAUCUGAAAAUGCUGCACUAGUGAGAGAGAGGCACAGACACCAGCUCCUGGUGGCGCUUGUUGGAGAUAGCUUGCUUGAGCCCUUCUGGCCCAUGGGCACUGGCUGUGCAAGAGGCUUCCUUGCUGCUUUUGACGCCGCGUGGAUGGUGAGGAGCUGGGCUCAAGGAAAACCCCCGCUAGAAGUCCUUGCUGAACGAGAGAGCAUUUAUCGACUCUUGCCCCAGACUACCCCUGAAAACAUUAACAAGAACUUUGACCAGUAUACCAUAGACCCGGGAACGAGAUACCCAAACUUGAACUCAAGCUGUGUUCGGCCUCACCAGGUGAGACACUUAUAUGUUACUAAUGAGUUACAGCAAUGUCCUCUUGAAAGAGUAAGCUCCAUUAGAAGAUCAGUGAAUCUCUCAAGACACGAGUCAGAUAUUCGACCUAACAAGCUUUUGACCUGGUGUCAGAAACAGACGGAAGGGUACCGUAACGUUAAUGUCACAGACCUGACUACCUCGUGGAAAAGCGGCCUUGCGCUGUGUGCUAUUAUCCAUCGCUUCAGGCCCGACCUCGUCGACUUCGACUCCCUGAACGAAGAGGACGUUGUCCGAAACAACCAGCUGGCGUUCGACGUGGCCGAGCGGGAGUUUGGGAUCCCCCCGGUCACCACGGGGGAGGAGGUGGGCUCUGCCGCCGAGCCCGACAAGCUCAGCAUGGUCAUGUACCUCUCCAAGUUUUACGAGCUGUUCAGAGGCGCGCCACUGCGGGCCAUGGAUGCUGGGGACAAGCAAAAUGGAGAAAAUAAUGACCUUUGUUCAGCAAAAUCAUCAAACUUAAUCUUCAACAAUUACAUCAAUUUAACCUUACCAAGAAAACGAGUACCAAAGGUUGAAAGGAAAGCAGAAGAAAAUGAGACUAACAAAAGACGUCGGAAAGGGCUUUUCGGUGCCUUCGAGGAGGCUUCAGGCUUUUCAAGUCAAGGGUCGAAUUCUGGGAAAGAACCGAGUGAUGGUAGAGAAGGCGUCAACCAGAAUAAAGUUAAAUCGAUGGCAACUCAGCUCUUGGCAAAGUUUGAAGAAAAUGCUCCAAAUACAAUUUUUCGGAGGCAGAAAAGGGCUCAGACCAUAGCAAAUAGGGAAUUCCAUAAAAAGAACAUUAAAGAGAAGGCAGCACAUCUCGCCUCGAUGUUUGGAUGCAUGGAGUUUCCAAAGAACCAGUCGCUGGACAGAGCUCCGCGUUCUUGCCCCAUUUCCCACUCUCCUUCUCCGUCUUCUGCUCAGAGCUGUCAGGGGUCUCUGCGGAAAGAAUUUCCUCAGUCUAUAGGGGGGAGUGACAUUUGCUAUUUCUGCAAAAAACGGGUAUAUGUUAUGGAGCGGCUGAGUGCGGAAGGCCACUUCUUUCACAGGGAGUGCUUUAAGUGUGAAAUAUGUUCUACAACACUCCGCUUGGGAAUUUACGCCUUUGAUGUUGAAGAAGGUAAAUUUUACUGUAAACCUCAUUUUACGCACUGCAAAAUCAGCAAUAAACACAGAAAGAGAAGAGCUACGUUACAGGUCCAGGGAAAGGAAGCAACAGAAGCAUGGAAGAAUGAGGACCACAAAGCCACAGAGACCAUGCCAGAAAGCACUUUAGCUACUGCCAGCAGUCCAGAGGACAGGUCCCCAGGCUGGUGCUGGCAGGCGGCGGAGGAGCCCACCUCCCCGAAGAAGGCCAAGAGCGUCCCCGGGCGCCGCGGCGCGGACGGCUGCCUCGCGGUCCCCUGCCCCGACUGGGCCCCCGUGAGGGUCAUCCCCGAGGAAGAGAUGGCCGAGCACAACCUUCUCGCUAUUCGAGUCAUGGUAACCAGCGAUGCGAGCAGCUCUGAGCUGGAGCCCGAUGUCAGCGGCGACUGGUCGAGCUCGGAGGUGGGCGAAGGGCCCACAGCCCCUGCGAGCCCCGUGGGAAAGGGGGCCGCGCUGGUCGGCACCUCGGCCGAGGCGGAGGAAAGCCGUAAAACGUCCAAGGUCACUGAUGCACUGCAGAGAGCCAACAGUUUUCACUCCUCUGCAUUAAACAAGUAUCAGAAUUGGAGGAGAAAAAUCCAAACGAAUUUCCCUCUACUGUCUAGCAAGAAAAAUGCGCUGCAUUCAAAGGAUAGCUCAGCCAGCUGUCAAAGUGCUCUUGGAGAGGAUCACUCCCAAACGCAGUUGGCUUCUUACAAGAAACCUCCAGAAGUUACAAGAGGACAUUUCAAGCCAUACAGCCCAGUAUUUCAAAGGAGAGAAAAAGCCAAAGAGAUGCCUGAAGAUAUCCGUCUCUAUGUGCCUCAUUAUCCAUUUCAGGGCAGCGUGAGAUGUUCUUCACUGACACCUCCUCAGAAUGGGACACCGGCUGCUGAUUUUUGUGAGCCUGAAGAUACAGAUGGUGACACUGGGAAACACACAGCCCAGGGCUGGAAUGAAAAAAACCAGUAUACCUCUGAACCAGAAGAUUUUAAGAGGAAGACAAAAGUGCUCUCAUCUGCAGGUUUGGAAGAAAAAAAUGAGAAAAAUACAAGGCACCCAAAAGAAAAACAUGAGCAAGAAUUAAAGGAGGCAAAAAGGAGGAUAACUAGGAGGCUGACACUUUGCACAGAACAGCACCCCACGUUACAUGAUUUGAACAGGGCAGACUUAAGUGAAGCCAGUCCGGAGCAUCAACACAGAAGAGUGAUGGGGAUCUCAGAGGAGAAGGAUGCUGCCAGGAGAAAAGACGUGUUCAAACCAUCCGGUUGUCCUAUGCCUCUUCUACUUGCAAAUGGUGCUCUGCCCCUGGCUUUGCCAGGUGACACAAAAGGGGCUCGGGGGAGCCCGGACGCAGCCACCAAAGAACGCGUGGCCGGCCAGCCUAGAUCGCCGCUGAGGCUGAUUGCCAGCGCCAUAAAGAGGUCCAUUUUAGAGCCCCUGAGCUCGCCCCCAGAAGGGCCGAAGCAGAACUCAGACGGCAAAGCCAAAGCCUCGCCAGAACAAGCUUUCUUCAGCUUGUCUAGUACUCUUGGCCAUUCCCUAAGCCAGAAGAACAGUAAUAGAGCUAAUAACGCGCAGCCACAGGAGCUUAAAGUAGGGGAGCAGGCAGGAGAAUAUUUAGGAAACGGGAGCCUAAAUCCGUUUCAUUCUUCUGUUGUCUCUGGAGAGAGAUCUACAAGGGGUGACACCCAGGAGGCAACCUUUCCAGUCUACAGUCCUCAUACCGUGCCUCUCACGAUGGCUCGGAAACCUCAGAAAUCAUCUUGCACUACUAGGAUGGAGGAUGUCCCAGGACUUCUAGAAAAGUUUACCUUUAAAGAGACUCCUCCAAAGGCUGCUAUGGAUGACCUUUUUAUUUGUAAUGAAAAGCACCUCCUUGUUUCACCCCCAGAGCCCAAGAACAGCCCCUCCAAAGACAACCUGGAUGAAUCUGCACAGAAGAAUAGUCUUGGGAUGUUCUUGGAAAGACUGAGAAGUAAAGUCAGUGAAAGAGAAAGGAAUUCCUUCAUGUCAUCUCUGCCUUUCACUAAGGACCGCUCUCCAGGAGACAGGCUAAAUUAUCCUUCCACAGGCUCUGAUCACCUACCUGUCAGAAGACAAGCUGCUGAGUAUUCUUCUUCUUCCUCUGAUGAUGAUGAAUUUGAAUCCAAGGUUUCAUUAGCACACAAGGCAAAAAGGAGUCUUAGAAGGAGAAGGAAGCUGGAGAAGGAGACAAAGCAGUUGAUGAAACAAGAGGAGCUGAAGAGGCUUCACAAAGCGCAGGCAAUCCAGCGCCAGCUAGAAGAAUUGGAGGAAAGACAAAGAGCUCUAGAGAUUUUUGGCGUUAAACUGGAGAGAAAACUAAGAGGAGAAUCAGAUUCAGGCACACAGGAUGAAACUCAGAUGCUGCAUGAAUGGUUUGAGCUGGUCCUGGAGAAGAAUAAAUUAAUGCGUUAUGAGUCUGAGCUCUUGAUUAUAGCCCAAGAACUAGAGCUGGAGGACCACCAGAGCAGGCUGGAACAGAAGCUGAGGGAGAAAAUGGCCAUCGACGAGAGCCUUAAAGAUGAGAUGGAUCUGAAUGAGGAGGAUGAAAUUUUUACUGAGAUGAUGAAAGUGGUCGAACAAAGGGACAAACUCAUGUCUACCUUAGAAGAACAGAGAGUGAAAGAAAAAGCAGAAGACCAGCACUUUGAAAACUUUGUAUUAUCUAGGGGCUAUCAGCUGAGCAGGAUUUAAACAGCCACGUGCAAAUAAAUGGAAUUUCAGCAAUAUUCAUAAUCAUGGAGAUAGUCUUCUGUAAAAUGAAGGAAUUCAAAUUUAAAUUAAGUUUAUUUGGAAAACAUGCUAUUUUUUUAUUGAAAGCUUCUAAGUAGUUUGUUUGCUCUCACUUGAGUCAGUCUAGCCUCACAGAGUAAGUUCCAGCAAUAAAUAUCUAUACCUCACUAUCAACUUAAAAGGUCACAAGGAUAGAGAAUGGGAUUGAAUUCACCUUUCUGAUGGGCAUCAUGUUCUGUGAAAGUGAAAUAGGAGCUCUGUUUUCUUGGAAUCUUAUUUUAAUCCUGAGAAUAGAGUUCACUAGAAACAUGAUGACAUGACUUAGCAUUUUUGCGAUGGCAUUAUUUUCCAUCCAUUUAUUUGAAUUUGUAUGUGGUUUUGGUAAUAUUUUGGCACAGCUGAGCCACAGUGAACUAUUUAAAGGUCAGAAAGCAAGCAUCCUACAUAAAAAUAAGGUUAUUUUUUAUUUCUGGUGGAGGAAGGAUCUUUUGACUAAUAACUGCAUAUAUUAUAAGUAAUCAGAACUACUGUAAAUGCAAUGUCAGAAAUUAAUUUUUUCUAGGUAUUUGUAAGUUUUAGCUCACUGUAUAUUUUUGAACAAGAAGAUAAUGCAAUAUUAAAUCCCUACGUUUUGUAAAAUGAUAAGGGAAUAUCAAAGAGGGGGCUACCCUUAAAAGACUCUUAAAAGCUCAAAAAAGCUAUUGUAUGUUACAGAUUAAGGUCAUCCCUAAAAUAUACUGAAUAACGUUUUAAAAACAACAAUCCAGAACUGAUUAGUAUUUGUAGGGUAUGCUUUAUAAUUAGCAUGCUUGGUAAUAUGUGUCACAAACAGUAUCAUAGGGUACCAUGAGUGGUGUAGCAGUUAGAGGUCUCUUGGACAAUAAUUCCACAAAAGCAUGGCAAAAAAUGUUGAGUUUUGUAAUGCCAACAUUGGAUAGAAAAUUUUGUGGUUAUAUUUGAAGUGUGUUUAUAUUGCUGCUCAAGAGGAAUGUACAUGUCUUUUGUCUUUUUUUGUCUUUUUUUUUUUUUUUUUUUAACUUAGAGGAAGUAUCUCCUAUCUACAUGCAUCUCCUACAUGCAUUUAUAGGCAUUGGCACCACAGAUGUGCAAAAAUUCUCUUUACUAUUCAGCACUUUGUAAGUGCUUUCUUAAAUCUGAGAUAAUUCUGCAAUUUAAGAUUGGUGGUGGUCCCAGCUGAGUUUAUGAUCCACUACAUUUUCAAACUUAAAAAGAAAAAAAAGAGAGAGAGAGAGAGAGAGAGAGAGAGAGAGGGAGAGAGAGACUGAAAGACUGUUUCUUUUUUUCUUUUUGACUAUUAUUUUACCUGACGCUCUGACUGAGAAGAUUUGAUGUUCUCAUUGCUUCAUGAAUGGUGCUUAUUUGCUACAGGUGCCUAUCGCAGCCAAAGCUAGAAGAGUUCUUCUUACAAAAGGUUUAAGCUAAAACCUCUUGGUGACUACUUGUAGGGGAACAGACACACUGGAUCCUGUCACAGUAGUUUAUGAAUGCUCUUAAGUUUCUGAUGUAUUGUAAGAAACUGAAAACUUAAUUUUAAAGAUAAAACCAAAAUUUUUACACUUGUCCACAGAUAAAUAAUAUACCUCUAUUGGUGAAAGGAAGAUACUGUUGUUCUACAAUAUUUAUGUAUUUAUAUUUAUUUAUUAGACUGUUUAAAGGGAAUAAGCAUCUGGUUAUAUUUUAUACUUUGGGUGUUGUCUCUGAUUUUGAUAAACAAAAAUGUAUUUCUGAAAGGUACGUAUAGGUAUGCUGUGCCUCAUAGAGUAGAUAGUUUUAUCAAUCCAGUAAGUAAUUGGGAGCAAAAUAUAAAUUAAGGUUUAAACAACAUUCUCAAUUACUAUAAACCUGAAGGAAUAUCCUUAUGUCAUAGUAUGUAGGGGUUUAAUUAUAUGAUUUGUCUUUUUUCACAGUGGAAAGACACAGCAGAAUCCCUGAAUGGGUUCCAGAAUUACCCUCUGCCAUCUUUUUCUGUCAUUCAUAUGCAGAUCAUACUUGAUCGUUAGCUUAUAUUUUUAUUGAGAUGGAUUGCAGUGAUUGAUUUUUAAAUUAGCUCUAUUACUUAAGAUUGACACAAAGUAGGAGCAGACAGGACAGCAAUACACACUUUAAUUUUCUCUGAAAUCUGCUGGCAUUUCUAGUGUUGUAAAGAAAUUUUCUGGAUUUUAUCACUGUACCAGAAGCCUCAUGUAAUCCAGUAAAAUAAUAGUGUCUAGAAUAUCUCUCAUUCUGCUGUAGAAAACGGAGAUUCGUAAUGCUUUCAAGGUCAUUUUUUAAAUUUGUAAGCAGACUUUUUUUUCUUAGUGCUUUGCAUGGGAGGGGAAUUCAGCACAGCUACCUCCAGCUAUAUCAGCAAAGGAUGUUUUCUUCAGUUCAGCUUUUCGAUUAAAAAAGUCCCUUCAUCUUAGUCAGUGUUGCUGGCCUCCAAAGAGGAGGAGGAGGAGGAAGGGCAACGUGGGGACAUGGCGCAAUGCGUGCGUUGUGCAGGGACGUGGUGUGACUUUGGGUACACUGGCCUGAGAUUUCCAUUCCUGCAGAUACCUGCUCUGCUGUUAAACCAGGUGGCAAAGAGGUGUGAACAGACGCUUUCCUUUUAGCUGCAAAGGUGUCAGUCCCUGAGAGUAUUAAAGGCAACAGCAACUGAGGGCUAUCACCAUUUGAUGGACCCCCCCAGAACAUUGUCUGUUUAAAAAGUUACUUUCUUGUAUGAUAUGUGGUAAUAACACGUGCACCACCCAAAAUUGCAGGUCUCGUGUGUGUGUCUGUGGGCUCUUGGGUGGAAAAUCCUGCCUAGCUACUGUUGUCCUUACUGAUACUAAUGUACUCAAAAGAUUUGAUCCAAAAAUGAACUGUACAAGUGACUUCAGAGAAGAAUAAACUCUAGGUACUUUAAAGUAGGUCUUUGCACAUUGUGAGAGUAGAGGAGGAGGGAAAAAGAGAAGCUAUGUGCACUGUUCACAGCUCAGUUUAAUAUGGCUGGCUUGUGUUAGAAAUGUAUUUAAACAAAUAUGUUUGGCUAUGAGUGUUCUUGCCGUUCAAUCUUUUCUGUAAAUUGACUCACUAACUUAUAAGGGAUUUGUUGAUUUUUAAAUCCUUGUCACUAUUUUUUAAAUCCUUGGCACUGUUAUUGCUGGGUAUAAUAUGAUGUGCUACAACAUAUUGGCUGUGUCUAAACUGACUGGAUGUGAGUAGUUUUGUAUCUGAAGAAAUAAAAUUGUAUCUCGCUCUCUGAAA